ACAAAUGCAGAAACGACAGUAAACCUUUAGCUAAAACCCUCGUUGGCUUACGACGGUAACAGCUAGAGACGCCCCCUUGAACUUCGAAAUCAGUAUUAACUGUGCACUUUUUCUAAUAGUCCCAUGGGUUUAUUUAUGUGAAGCUGGAGAGGAAAUCAUGGAGGCCAAGUUAAAAAAAGAGUUGGGGACAGCCAUACUGAAAUCAACCGGUCACUCAGGAGGAGGAUGCAUCAGCGAGGGCCAGAGUUAUGAUACUGAUUUUGGAAGAGUCUUUGUAAAGAUUAAUCACAAGAGUGACGCAAAAUUGAUGUUUGAUGGUGAGAUGGCAAGUUUAGCAGCCAUUUUUAAGACAGAGACAAUUAAAGUCCCAAAACCUAUAAAGGUGAUUGAACUUGAUGGAAAAGGAUGUGUAUUUGUGAUGGAGCAUCUUGACAUGAAAGGUCUUAACAAGUACUCAAAGCAGCUUGGAGAGCAGCUGGCAGAUCUACAUCUUCACAAUAAGAGACAGAUUGACAAACAGCACAAAGAGCAGCAGACAGUAGGAAAAGGAGCUGGUCAGUCAGAUGUGGCAGUUGUUGAAAAGUUUGGCUUUGAUGUAACUACCUGUUGUGGCUAUCUAGCCCAGGUAAACGAAUGGCAGAGUGACUGGGUGUCGUUUUACUCUCAGCAGAAGCUGCAGCAUCAGCUUAACAUGGUGGAAAAAUCGUAUGGAGACAGGGAGGCUAGGGAACUGUGGGCUAGUCUACAGCUCAAGAUCCCCGAGUUUUUCACAGAAGUGGAGGUUGUCCCUUCUCUCCUCCAUGGUGACUUAUGGGGAGGCAAUGUGGCAGAGUGUGCAGAUGGCCCGGUCAUCUUUGACCCUGCCUCCUUCUAUGGCCAUUCAGAGUUUGAGCUGGGCAUUGCUGGGAUGUUUGGUGGCUUCAGCAGUUCAUUCUACUCAGCUUACCACGAAAAGAUUCCUCAAGCAUCAGGGUUUUCAAAGAGAAACCAGCUUUACCAACUCUUCCACUACCUGAAUCACUGGAACCACUUUGGUGGUGGCUACAGAGAAAAUGAAUCAACCGGAGAUUUGGACGCAAUUGUCAAAACAUGUGUCUUGGACGGCUUUAAGGAGAAAAAUGAUACCAAUUCCCUCAUCUCUAGCCUCCCUGAGGUCCACGGGGACCCGGCGGAAAACGAGUCUACGACCCAGAGGUUCUUAGUGAUCAUGAACCGAUAUCAAGAGCAACCUCAUUUGCUGGAUCCACAUCUGGAAUGGAUGUUGAAUAUGAUAUUGGACUUGGUGAGGAGUGAAAAAUCUCCACCAUCACUGGUCCACUUGAGCUUCAAGUUUCUUUACAUCAUCUGUAAGGUCAGAGGGUAUAAAAUCUUCAUGCAGCUUUUUCCUCACGAGGUUUCUGAUGUUCAGCCAGUUCUGGAUCUGCUGUCCAGACAGGAUCCAAAAGACUCCGAUACUUGGGAAACUCGCUACAUGUUAUUACUGUGGAUGUCAAUGACCUGCCUCAUACCUUUUGAUCUCUCCCGUUUUGAUGGCCAUCUGGAAUCAGAGGGCGGUGAAGCUAGAGAGUCCAUCAUGGACCGCAUUCUUGGUAUUGCAAAGUCUUAUCUCGUUGUAAGUGACAGUCCCCGGGAUGCUGCAUCAGUGCUGGUCUCAAAGUUUAUGACCCGGCCCGAUGUUAAACAGAAACGCUUAGGAGACUUCCUGGACUGGAUCCUCACCUCCAUAUCUCAGGCCAACGGCCAAACGAUGAGUGACAUAAUGGUGCUAAAUGGUACUCUGCAGUCUCUGGCAAAGCUUUUCAAACAUGGAAAACGAGAUGACCUCUUGCAGUACGCUCCAACAGUUCUGCAGUGUCUGGAACAGAAACAGCUGUCAGACAGCAGCGAAGCCAUGGUACGAAAGCUCGGUGUUAAAUUAAUCCAGAGACUGGGCCUCACCUUUCUGAAGCCACGCUUGGCUGCUUGGAGGUACCAGAGAGGCAGUCGCUCUCUUGCAGCCAACCUCUCCGUGUCCCAGCCUUCCACAACUGGUUCUGCUGUGACACCUGAGACACAAGAACUAGAAGAGGACUUUGACAUUCCUGAGGAAGUGGAGACUGUCAUUGAGCAUUUGCUGGUUGGACUGAAAGAUAAGGAAACCAUUGUGCGCUGGUCUGCAGCAAAAGGCAUUGGGAGGGUAACAGGGAGACUUCCAAAGGAGCUGGCAGAUGAGGUGGUUGGAUCAGUCCUGGACUGCUUCAGUUUUCAGGAGACAGACAAUGCUUGGCAUGGGGGCUGCCUGGCGCUAGCAGAGCUGGGGAGGAGAGGACUGCUGCUGCCUUCAAGAUUAACUGAUGUUGUGCCGCUCAUUGUCAAGUCCUUGACCUAUGAGGAGAAGAGGGGAGCAUGCAGCGUUGGGUCCAACGUGCGGGACUCUGCCUGCUACGUGUGCUGGUCUUUUGCCAGGGCCUAUGAACCCAAGGAGCUCCAGCCUUAUGUCACUCAGAUCUCGAGCGCUUUGCUGAUCACAGCCGUGUUUGAUCGAGAUACAAACUGCCGCAGAGCUGCGUCUGCUGCCUUCCAAGAGAAUGUCGGCCGACAGGGGACAUUUCCUCAUGGAAUUGACAUCGUAACAGCAGCAGACUACUAUGCUGUAGGAAAUCUCAAGAAUUGCUAUCUGAACAUCAGUGUUUAUAUUGCAAGCUUCCCUGAGUACACGAAGGCCAUGAUAGACCAUUUAGUAGCCAUGAAGAUCAACCACUGGGAUGUUGCGAUACGUGAGCUCGCCACUAAAGCUCUCCACAACUUGACGCCUCAAGCACCUGAUUACAUGGCGACAACAAUUUUGCCCCACUUGUUGACCAUGGCCAUUGGUAUUGACCUUCAUGGUCGUCAUGGAGCCAUCCUGGCAUGUGGAGAGAUCACACAUUCUCUGUACAAAGUGGGCCUUCAGACCAACAGGGCUGUGGUGGACAUCAUUUCUCCAGAGUGUGUGGAUGCAUUGAAGAACAUUCACCAUAUGCUUCAAGAAAGAAAACAAUACAAGGGUUUUGGUGGAUUACUAAUGAGACCUGCAAUUUGCAGUCUGGUAGAAAAUUUAUCCAAGUCCAGAAUGCCUUUUAAGAACGACCCUGUCAUCACUGGCUGGCAGUGGGUUAUUGAUGACACCAUCCAGACUCUUCAUCUUUUUACCACUGGUGGGAAGGAUGACAUAACUGUUGCAGUUGUAUCUGCUUUAUCUGCUUUGUGUGAGGAGUACUACCAGGACAAGACGGGCCAGGUGGACCCACAAAUGCAAGAUAUUCUAGUAUCUCGGUACAUUGAAGGACUCAAGAGUCCACAGAUGCUCACUCGGAGUGGAUCUGCCCUCGCCCUCAGCUCUCUGCCAAAAGCUAUGAUACAGAACAAAUGGAAGCAGAUCUUUGAGGGCCUUCAGCAGAUGUGCAUCGUUAGCCAGAAGGAAGGAAAUUUCACCGAGGCAAGGAGAGAUGCAGUCAGAUCACUGGCUCAAGUUUGCACAAAGGCAGGUGUCUGUGCCCACGGCUCCCCCGACUCUGUCCUGUGCUCGGAGAACGUAGCAGAGGUGUACGGCGUCCUGCUCAACGGUCUUAAUGACUAUACAACAGACAGCAGAGGAGACGUGGGGGCCUGGGUAAGAGAGGCAGCCAUGACCAGUCUGAUGGAAGUGACCUUGCUAGUAGCCAGCAGCGCUCCUGAGAUCCUUUCAUCAGACCUGGUAAAGCCCAUGAUGUGCUGCCUGGCUCAGCAGGCAGCGGAGAAGAUUGACCGCUACCGAGCACACGCCGGCAACAUUUUCCUGCGUCUCCUGCACAGCACGGAGCCUGCAGUACCUCACAUUCCCCAACGAGAGGAGCUGCUGAGCAUCUUACCUUUUGAGACCACAACCAGUCUAAACUGGAACGCCCCAUCUCAAGCUUUCAAGUACAUCGCACAGCUGCUUGGAUUGCCUGAGUAUCAGUACCACACCCUACUGGGGCUCUCUGUGUCUGCAGGAGGAAUCACAGAAUCCACAGUUCAUUUUUCUUCACGAUUUCUGUUUGAGUUUUUGAAAGAGAUUCAAAAUGAUAGUGUUGCUCUAACACAUUUUGGAGAUUCCUUACUGAGGAUCUUCAGAGACAACCUCCACAGUGACAGGGUUUCUGUUCCCCUGCUUAAGAUGCUCAAUCAGAUGCUUGCCAAUGGCUCUUUUGAAAUUUUCGCCAAACAAGAAAAUCACCAGUUCUGUGUGGAUCUUCUGGCCCUUUGCAAAGAGCUCAAGAAAUCCAAAGAUAUUUCCAAACUGCGUGCCUGUAUAGCUGUUUUCAGUGGGCUGGUUCAAUUCCAGGGUGAAGUGAGGAAGAAGGUUUUGUCCCAGCUGCUAUUGCUCCUCUGCCACUCGUUCCCUGUGAUAAGGAAGACCACAGCCAGCCAGAUGUAUGAGAUGCUUCUUACAUACGAGGACGUCAUAGAUCCUGAGGUGUUGGAUGAUGUCAUGACCCUAUUAAGUGACACUAAUUGGGAGAGUGACAUUGCCACUGUACGGACACAUAGGAAUCAGCUCUGUGAUUGGUUAGGAGUUCCCAAGCCACAACUUGUGGCCAAGCAGGGUCCUGCCCAGGUUUCAUAACCAGCAGUGGCUGUUUGAAGUGGCAGGAACGGAGCAGUAACGUCCCCCAGUGAAUACUAAUGGACUCCGAAUGCAACGCUUAUGAAAGUGUCCUGAUUCACAUUAUCUGUCAACAUGCCAGACCACUACGUAACAGCACUAGAAAUCUGUCAGUUGCAAAAAAAGUCAUUAAACAAGAAUUCAUCCCUGC